AUGCCUCCUAAGAAACCCAACGUCACUAACACCUUUUGGCCGCAGCCACCUUCGUCUCAGAAUGAAAGUACGGAUCCUUCGCAGCAGACGCGUUCUCAGAACGGAACCUCGUUUCCAAUACUCAGGAGAGUCUCUCACCAAGUAGGAAGAAGAAAGAUGUGA